AUGCUGAGCAGCCAUUGUAGCAGUAAUCAGCAGCAGCAGAGGCAAGUUCUAUGGGGUAUCCCAUUGCCACGGAAUCAAAUUUAUAGCAGCUGUCAGUCGAUGGCAAAUGGAUCUAACAAGAAGAGGCUGACAAGGGGCAAUCUCCAACGCCUCCGGACAGGGAUAAACAGUGGUGCUGCUAAAACAGAUGGAGUGAAUCAUGUCGCGGCAGCAAGCAGGACUUCCACCACACAAUCAGAGGCUACUACUCAUGAUGACAAGCUGAUACAACAUUAUGUUCCAACUUUUGUCAUGCUCCCACUGGGAGUAGUUACAGCUGAGAAUGUGAUUGUGGACAAGGCCAAGCUGGAGAAGCAACUCAAGGAGCUCAAGGCGGCCGAGAUCGACGGGGUGAUGGUGGAUGUCUGGUGGGGGAUCAUUGAAGCCAGAGGGCCUAAACAAUACGACUGGAGUGGCUACAGGGAGCUCUUCCUGCUGCUCAAGAAAUUGGACCUGAAAAUCCAAGCUAUAAUGUCGUUUCACCAAUGUGGUGGCAACAUUGGGGACAAUGUCUUCAUCUCUCUUCCUCAGUGGGUCCUUCAAGUUGGAGAGACAGACUCAGAUAUCUUCUACACCAAUAGGGCUGGCGCCAGAAACAAGGAGUACCUCUCCCUCGGUGUGGAUCACCUGCCUCUUUUCGGUGGCCGGACUCCGGUCCAGAUGUAUGGGGAUUUCAUGAAGAGCUUCAGGGAAAGCAUGGCGGAUUUCCUUGAAUCAGGGUUGAUAAUCGACAUUGAAGUUGGGCUUGGACCUGCUGGGGAACUCAGAUACGCUUCUUACCCUGAAACCCAAGGAUGGGCUUUUCCUGGAAUUGGAGAAUUUCAGUGCUAUGACAAGUACCUGGCAGCUGAUUUCAAAGAGGCAGCAGCGAAAGCAGGGCAUCUUGAGUGGGAAUUGCCUGAUAAUGCAGGGGAAUACAACAGUAGACCUGACCAAACAGCCUUCUUCAGAUCAAACAAUGGCACUUACAUCACUGAAAAGGGCAAGUUUUUCCUGACCUGGUAUUCCACCAAGCUGCUGCUCCAUGGCGACAACAUCAUUGAUGAAGCUAACAAGGCCUUCCUGGGCUGUAAACUCAAAUUGGCAGCCAAGGUUUCAGGAAUCCACUGGUGGUACAACCAUCCAAGCCAUGCCGCAGAGCUAACAGCAGGCUACUAUAAUUUGCCUGAUCGAGACGGGUAUCGUCCCAUCGCCAGGAUGCUGUCCAGGCACAAUGCCAUUCUGAACUUCACUUGCCUGGAAAUGAGGAACUCCGAGCAGCCUGCUUACGCCAAAAGUGCCCCUCAGGAGCUGGUUCAGAUGGUUUUGAGCGACGGAUGGAAGGAAGGGAUCGAGGUGGCAGGAGAGAAUGCCCUGGCCAGGUACGAUGCUGAUGGCUACAAUCAGAUCCUUCUCAAUGCCAGGCCUAAUGGCGUGAGACCGGCCAUGGAAAGAGAGAAGAAGCUGAGGAUGUAUGGAGUCACAAUCCUUCGGCUGACGGAUGAUCUGAUGCGGCCCAACAACUUGGAUCUGUUCAAGAAGUUCGUCAGGAAAAUGCAUGCUGAGCAGGAUUACUGUCCAGAAGUGAGCAAGUAUGGGCAUGAAAUUGAUAGAUUGGUACGGUCAAAACCGAAGUUGAGGACAGAAGAGCUGUUGGAGUCAACAAAGCCGUCGGAGGCAUUCCCUUGGGAUGGUGAAACCGAUAUGCCUGUGGAGCCUGUAGGUGUAUUUGCAAGAUUCCUGAGGACAAUUUCCUCCAUAUUUUCGACUGACAGUGGGCAGCGGGAGUAA